AUGACAGUAAGCGCUUCAUCGACGGGCAUCUCUCCGGCCGUGCCCAUUCAUGGGCUUCACUCUGCAAAGUCCACCCGCCGUCUGAACCAAAUUGACAAGAUCCGGGCCAAUGGAGUGGGAGAGCAUGUCUCCCUGCCUCAGUUGGUCGUCUGUGGGGACCAGUCCGCCGGGAAGAGCUCAGUCCUGGAGCGCGUGACUUCGGUCCCCUUUCCAAGGCAGGAUGGACUCUGUACCCGGUUCCCCACGGAGAUCAUCCUUCGACAUAACACCGAGCCUCUGCGGAUCUCGGCCAGCAUCCAACCCUCCGCUCGCCGCCCUCCAGAAACUCGGGAGACGUUGCGGAGAUACCGACGCAACCUAUCAGAUGAUAUGUCGGAACUGCCCGAGGUCAUCUCCGAGAGCGCGGCCCUGAUGGGGAUCCGCGGAUACGGAUCGACCCAAAGCGGCAACACAUUUGCCCAAGACGUACUCCGAAUCGAGAUUGUCGGUCCGACCAAUCUUCAUCUGACCAUUGUCGACCUGCCGGGUCUCAUAUCGGUUCCCAACGAGGACCAAACAGACGCAGACAUCCGCAUCGUCAGGGAGCUGGUCAAGACGUACCUUUCCAGCACUCGUACCAUCAUCAUGGCUGUGCUACAAGCCAGCAAUGACAUUGCCAACCAGGGUAUUCUACAGCUGGUACGGCAGCACGACCCGGACGGCCAACGCACCGUGGGCAUUAUCACCAAGCCCGAUCUGAUCACCAAAGGCGUCGAGGGUAGGAUCGCGAUGCUGGCAAAGAGCCUUGACUCGGUCAAGCUGAAGCUUGGUUUCUUCCUCAUGAAAAACGCAAGCCCCGCCGAGGCUAAGGAGGGCCUGACUUGGGACGAUCUCGCUCGCCGCGAGGAGAAGUUCUUCUCCACACCGGCAUGGAAAGAGCACAACCUCGGCAUGCGUCGCGUCGGAGUAGAGCCACUGAGACUGUUCCUCCAAGAUCUCCUGAGCAGGCACAUAGAGAAGGAGCUUCCCAAAGUUCGAGAGGAGAUAAAGCAUCGGCUUGCAGUGACGGAAGCGGAGUUGGCUCUGAUGGGAGCCGAGCGGCCGACUGUUGGACACAUACGAUACUUCCUCACGGGCCUGAGCAUGCAGUUUCACCAGCUCGCGCAGGCGGCCCUCGACGGGAACUACCAGGGGCCCGACAUGGAGUUCUUCAAAAUCCCCGAGACUCGGCUUCGGGCGGAUGUUCACAAGGUCAAUGGAAAUUUCGCCAAUCAUAUGCGCGACAAUGGGAAGAAGAGGAAGGUCUCGGCCCAGCCUGACAGUGAGAAUUCGGAGAGCGAGCCUGACGAUGACGAUGAGGACGAAGCACGACAAAUUCGCGUUUCUGAGGAGGAAUUAAAUGCCUGGGUCAGAGAAGUCUACGAGAGGACCCGUGGGCGCGAGCUGCCCGGUAACUACAACCAUGCUCUCCUAGCCGAGCUCUUCCAUGAACAGUCAAGCCUAUGGCCCCGCAUCGCCAGGGAUCAUCUUGCCAAUGUCGUGUUGAUGGUGUCCAAUUGGGUCGAGAAGGCGAUCAAUGCCAGUGUCAGAGAGGAGGCAGUGCACCAGGAGAUCACGAUGAUAUGCCAGAGGAACCUUUCCGAGAGUGAAAGGCUUGCCAACGAGGAGCUGGACAAGUUGAUUGCCGACGAAAAAUACCACCCAAUCACCUAUAACCACUCCUACACGGACAAUAUCCAGAAGGCCAGGCGGAAAGAACAAGAUGCAGCGAUGGCAAAGGCCCGCAGCACACUCAAAACCGACUGGUUUGGGAACCAAGAUGGCUGCUGCAACGCCGGCGAUAUAGAGAAGCUAUUGCAGGCCAUUCGCAGCAACACCAUCAUCAAAAUGGACGAUCAAGCCUGUUCUGAGGCUCUAGCCGGCAUGAACGCCUACUACAAAGUAGUAGCUAUGAAGACUUUUGUCGACAACGUCUGUCGCCAAGUCAUUGAGCGCCACGUGCUAUCCCGACUACCGACGCUGUUCUGCCCGAAAACCGCCUCCGGGUUUAGUGACGAGGAACUCCUUCGCAUAGGUUCCGAGCCCGAGAACCACAGGGCCAGAAGAGCCGAGCUUGAUUCUCUGGUGAAGGCCCUUCAGCAGAGCCUUGACGAUCUGCAGAGUUCCUGA